GAAGCACUAGCGAUGAAACUUUUGCCUCUGUGCACCUGCAGCUGUGGUGCGCUCCGCUGCUGGCGCAACUCUCCGCGCUUUCAUUUCGCUCACUCUUCCGCUGUAACGCACGCAGUGGACCGUGUGUUUCAUGUUGGUGCUAAAAAUGGACCGAAUGGACUUCCUCUUUCACACCCUCAACGACUUUAUUACUGUCACACGCCUGUCUUUGUCUACUGAAAGUAUGGUGGAGUGUUGAGACAAUGCAUCAGAUCCUGGUGUAUCCGCUAAACAGAUCUGGAUAGAUGUAGUUGAAGAAGCCAGUCACCUGUGCCUAACCUUCACGGAUAAUGGCAGCGGCAUGACUCCCAACAAAUUGCACAAGAUGCUCAGCUUUGGUUUUACAGAAAAGGGUUCAGGUAAGGCCAGUCUGCAGGCCAUCGGCGUGUACGGGAACGGUUUCAAGUCUGGCUCGAUGCGUCUCGGCCGCGACGCGCUCAUCUUCACCAAGAACGGCGGCUGCCAGACUGUGGGAAUGCUUUCUCAGACCUACCUGGAGAACAUCAAGGCCCAGGCCGUCAUUGUCCCCAUCGUCCCCUUCAACCAACAAACCAAUUCUCUGGUGGUGACUGAGGACUCGGAAGCCAGCCUGGCAGCUAUCCUCCAACACUCCAUCAUCACCUCCCAGGAGCAGAUACACACACACUUUGACUCCAUUCUCUCCAAAAAAGGCACCAAGAUAUUAAUCUGGAACAUCCGCAGGGCAAAAGAUGGCAAGCCAGAGAUAGACUUUGAGACCGAUGUGAGUGACUUCCGUUUGCCCGAGAUUGAGAACGAGGAGCUGAGGAAAAGUCUGAGGAACGGUGGAUCACUGAGAGCCAAACAUGACAUCCCCGACAUUCACUACAGUCUCAGCGCCUACCUCGGUAUCUUGUAUCUGAAGCCGAGGACACAGAUUAUACUGAGGGGGAAGAAGAUUCUGGUUAGGCUGGUGUCGAAGAGGCUGAAACACAUUGAGCAUGACGUGUACAAACCCCACUUCAGUAAAGAGAAGGUGAAGGUGACCUUUGGGCUGAACCCGAAAAACAAAGACUACUAUGGCAUCAUGAUGUACCACAGGAACCGACUCAUUAAAGCCUAUGAGAAAGUGGGCUGCCAGCUGAAGGCUUCAGGUCAAAGGGCAGGUGUUGGGGUCAUCGGUAUCAUCGAGUGUAACUUUCUCAAACCCGCACACAACAAACAAGACUUUGAAUACACCAAAGAAUACAGACUCACCCUUGGUGCUUUGGGCCUAAAGCUGAACGACUACUGGAAAGAGGUGAUAGAGAAGAAGGCCAGAGAGCGUGAGUUUUACGCUCUGGAAAGAGAUGAAACCGCAGACCAGCAGGACGCUGAUGAGGGUCCCAUGUGGUUACAAUGUGAAGACUGCCUGAAGUGGCGAAGCGUCCCUGCAAGUCAUUACAACGUGGUUCCUGAAAGCUGGAACUGCAGCCAGAACCCCAACUUAAAUUACAGAAGCUGCUCUUCACCAGAGGAAGCAGAAGACAGCGAGGAGCAGUUAACACCCAGCUACCAGAAAAACCACAAGAAACAAGAGCAUCCCAAAAGCAGAAAACGAGAAAAAUCAUUGGAGGUGUGUGAGUUCCAGGACCAAACGACUAAACAUCAGAUCCUCUCACGCAGUUCAUCAGAGCCAAGCUGGCCCACCUUUCGAGCAGGUGAACGCCAAACGGAGGAAGACUCACUGGAUCGGACGAGCACAGAUCACCUGACAGACACACACCUUCAUGAUGAUGCACAGACACAAAGUAGAGUCACAGAUGAAGUCACACACACACAACAGAAUGCAGCUGGAAGAGCCACCGUCAUUGAAGAGAGGACACAAGUCAGACAUGGGGAAAAUCAGACCAUUGAUAACAGGGGCGAAGAUGAACAGAGAAACACGAACAUGGAGCCGGUUGAAAGAGGAAAGGAGUCAACAGACACAUUACGCCACAAGAGGAAAUCAAUCUCAUUAAUUCACUCUGUGAAAAAGAAGCCAUGUCUUCAGGAGGAGUUCCCUGACUCAGAAAAUAUGGCUGAAGAGAUUAAUCCUGAGAAACAACCAAGUGUACCCAAGAUGGUGUCCUUGGAGAAGACCAAGCCUCCCAGAAGCAGCCGAGUUGAGAAACCAGGCGAUGCAGCACAGCGACCCAACAGUCUCACCUGGACCCACUCACUCCCCUCCACCCAGACUGUGAUGGUGUCUCCUCUGAGUCGAACAGAAGGGCCUUGGAGCAGACCACUGCCUCCAGAGGGGAGUGGGCGGGAAGCGAACGUGCAGAAGCUGGUCGUGUUGGAGAAAGAGGCCCAGAGGCUGCGGAGGCUUCUAGCUCUGGAAGUCACAAAGACAACUCAAGGCACGAUGACAACUGCUGAUAGCAGCGCCGAAAGGCCCACAAGAGGGAUGAGGUCUCCACCUGCAUCCAGAGCAAGCAGAGAGGUCGGCUCCCAGACCGACGUGGCCGAGAGCUCUGGUUCAUCCAGUAGCCUGACCCCGGCUCCAGGACAUUUUGGGAUGGUGGUUCUGGGUCAGAGAGCUGUGUGUGGGUCGAUAGGGCAGCCUGAGCAGAAUAUGUCUAAGAAGGAGAGGACCGAAACUCAUAGCAGGAUGAGAGUCGGCGACAACGAGGCCUUUGAGAGCAACAGAUCUUCACAGGAAGAUCUUCUCAGCAUCCGUAACAAUGUGGUGGUGCUUCUCACAGCCCUCUUGCCUCAACUGGACCUGGCUGGCAUCAGCAUGGAGACCACCGACGUGGACAACAUCCUGCAGCAGAUCAUAGAGGUCAACUCACUGAAGCUAUGAUCAGUGCUGUUAUAAAAUCAAGAUUGAAAUGUUUGGAUUGGAAUUUAAAGUCUUUGUUUCAGAGUUGUAAGACAUCAGGCUUUUGUUGCCACCAUACAUAUUGCCAGUUAGUGUAGUUUAAUUUUGCAUCCCUUUAAUGUGCUCAUAUAUUUCAAGAAACAUUGUUGUAAGCAUUUCUAUUCUAUUAACGUACAUGUAACUUUUAAUUUGAAAUGUUCUGUUUCUGAAAAGCGUGAUGUAUUGCUAUUUUUCGUUUUGCUUCUGUUUUUACUGACUAUUUAAAUGAGUUUUAUACGCAUGUGUUCAACAUGGAGCCAUGCUUUUUUUCUAGAUUUUUUUCAAGUUUGCAUUAAAAUACUGAA